AUGGCUAUGGACAGUGACUGUGGUGAUGAUAUCUCUCUUACGUCCACGGUCGAGAGUGAACAGGCUUCCGAGUACUUUGUUGACACCAUUCUGGCGGAGUACGAAUUUGCCGAAGAUGAUAUAAGAUACCUUGUCAAAUGGGAUGGCUACGAUAUACAUCGAUGUACUUGGGAACCCAAAGGGAAUUUCAACAACGUCCACGAGACGCUGCUCGAAUGGGAGGAGAAGAAGCAGCGAAUUGCCGAAGGCAAGGAACCAGCAUUUGAUGUAGCUGUCUGGGAGGAAACUUGUCGUCGAUUGGACGAGAAAAAGCAGGAAAGGAAGCGCAGAAGAGCAGCUAAGCGAAGAGAAAUUGCUGCAUCACAAGGAAAGCGCAGUCACACAGCUGCUAAAGACGCUCCGACCGUACAGAGGAUCACUUCCCGCAAAGCUUCAACUGCCUCAGCUCGCCGACCUCCAGGUCCAGCUAGGUCUCUGUACUCGGAUAGUGUCCAUCCGGCCCGACAGCUGUCAGGCUCAUCAACUCCAAGACCGCCGCCACCGGUCCUGUUUGGAAACAGCCAAUCGGCCCCGAAAACUGUGCGGCCCAACAAGAUCUUGAGUCCUGACGAUGGAAAGCCUUUCAAUUCCAUUUACAAGAAAUGGAAGAGUGAUCAACGCGCAAAGAAUAAAGAGUUGAUGCCGCACAUCAGUCAAGUUGAUAUAAGGCGACCAUCUGACUGGGCUACUAUGCCAUCGGUGAAGGCAACUCAGCCGGGCAAUUCUCGUUCGCUUGGUACGGGCUAUGACAGCCCGGAACAACAUGCACCACGGUCUGCUCUAGCCUCCCCGCAAUUGUCUCACCCACAUCCACAGUCCCCAGAUGCAUCAAUCAGGUUGGAGUGUGGCAUUUGGAACGGUUCUGAGUCUGAGCAAGACCUGGUCGCCAAGCGCACUUGCAGUGGACUAGCUGCUGAAGUUGAGCCAAAAACAUCGAAAGCCGAAUCGAACCUCAAGACUCCUCCAACGGAACCGCGUGCUUUUGUGGCCGCCAAAUCUGGUCCUAGGGCACCUAUGGAACUAGACUUUCGCGAUAGGAGACCUAGUUUCAGGUGGAGGCAUAUUCCGCACUCAAACCCCCGGCGCUGGUGGAACCAAGGAGAAUUGUUCGUUACCCUUUGGUUUGGUCCAGAUAAGCAAUGUCUUGGAGAUGCUAGGAUAUGUGGUAUGGGAGCUCAGUAUACUGCGGGAAUUCUCGGGACAAGAUCAAAGUAUAACAAAGGCAAAAUCGAUAUCUGGCUUCGGCAUCUAUGUUCGCUGGAUCAGUACGAACAAUUUUGUUCUGGUAUGACAAACACCAAGUACGCCAAUGGCUGGAUUGAAGGGUUCGACGACACCGAACCGCAUAUCCAAAAAGCAGCUGAAACACUUUACAGCAAACAUAAAGCUGCAAUAGCCCAUAUUGGCUCCAAGGAGGUGCUGGUUGCCUAUCCACCCGGCUCUCCCCCUUUCAGUUUCCUUGGUGAUACACACCAGCCUAGGGGGUAUCUCACUCUUGCUCUCAGAGACACUCUGGGACCAGUCAACAGGUUGUUGAGAAUAAGCGAACAGUAUAGUUACAAUCACUCAGCGGAGGUGAAUAACACGUUCAAAUCCGGCCACCGUGAGUCAACGCUAACAACUGCCCCGGGUCCUCGGAAACCGCCUCGCGACUUCGACGUUGCACAGCAGAGUACUGGACAGUCAUCAACAGCCUCUCCUACGCUAAAUGUUCCGGAUAUGGCUUUCUCUCCGGCUUCGGGCUCGGCCAUGGCCCAACCUCAGACCAAUAUAUCCCCCGUUCGGAAUAGUCAUGCGCCAUCGUUGAGUUCGUCCAUCCAGGUUUCAACCAACACGUCGAACGUAGUAGAUUGUUCCACGCCUGUCGACUCUAUGAAUCUGGACCCCCACCCUACCCAGGCUCUAACACCAGGUCACAAUGGGACAGAGCCAGGUGCGGCUCAAGUAGACUUGAACAAACUUUUUUCCGACGGAUUCGGUAUCACAUUUGAGAAACUAGCAGCUAUUGGUGGGUCCGACAAAAAAGCUCAACGGGCAAAGGUGUUCUACAUAUGGUACCCUGAGGACUCAAAAGUCGUUAAAGACGAAAAGGACUUAAUAACGAGAUUUUUGAGGAUCCACACCCGUCUUUUAUUCUCAAAUAGCGUCAAUGUUGACUGGGAAAGAUUUACGACCAUGGUUAACGAGAACAAUAUGCAUGGUGUUGUUCUUUUUCAUGAGUCCUUCGUCGAAUAUGACAAGGUUCCUCAACUCCAAAAGGCCCUUCGCAGGACGACCGGUUUCUGGAAGGUGUCCCUUUCAAAGCCGAUCCAAUACGUUGAUCGUCCACUACAUGUCCAGCGGCUAUUUCCACAUGGGGGGAUUUUUCUGUUGACCGAGGACCUGAUUGUCCACGAACCGGUUGCUGCUAUGAUAAUUCUGCAAUGGUUCUACGAGUGGUCAAAAAAGAAGUAUCCAGGACUAUGGAAAAUAAUGCUCCGCCCCAAUAUCUUGAACUGGCUGACGAAUCAGAUGAAACUCGCAGAUUAUUCACAGCAAUCCCGGUGGCUAGCAGUACACCAUCUGGUCAAACAACUAGGUUUCUGCUCUACCAGCAAUCCUCUAUCUAGCUACGAAAGCUGGGAAGGCGUCGUAAUCUCUCCUCCUGCACUCCCCAAAUACGGGUUUCGGACGGCAGAUGACUCACUAGAGAUUCCCAAGAACUGCUCCCAGGAGCAGCGGAACGCGGACCAUCUAAGCGAGUUUUUUGCCGGUUACAGCUUAGUUCACGCUCAUCGCUUCCGCCGCUUUUAUAUUAUUACAGCCUUGGAGCCUCUUGAAAGAUGGAAGAAGUGGCAACACGUUACCGUCAGUGGUUACCAGGAGUUCUUUCAUUCCCAUGAUGUCAAGCCAGAGUUAAUCCAAGAACGGUUAUCCAAGGGCGCGUCAUCAGCUCUUUCUUCGACGGAUCCCACACCUGUCUCGCCGGCUCCGCCGCGGUCAUCAAGGCCAUGGGGCACUCCGCUGUCUGAACAGCAAUCUGUAUCGCUUGCACCCCAGUUUGCGUCCAGGUAUGGCCAGCCGUAUCAGUGAGAAAAAUUGGAUGUCCAAUUAUUAUCUAACGUUGACACGGGAGUCUCCUGAAGAUGAGGAUGGCACGAUAUAAAUGACGGAUGGACUGCUGCAUGCCAGGGUAUACCAUUACAGCGACACCAGUGACAACUGUAUUUGCAUAAGAG